AUGGUCCUGAUUCAACAAGUUUCUGAACAAGAAUUCAAAUCCCAAAUCGUCUUGAAUUAUACCGAUGUAAUUGGUAAGAAAGUAGGUGGGAAAGUGUUAAAAUUCUCUGAUCAAUGGUUUGCAGAUGCCACGAAUUUAAUUGAACCAAAAGCUCCUAUCAGAGACGCUACGAGAUUCACAUUCGCUGGUGCUUGGUAUGAUGGAUGGGAAACUAGAAGACAUAAUGAAGCGGAAGCUGAUUGGGUUGUGUUUAGAUUAGGAGUUGCCACUGCCAAAUUGAUUGGUGCUGAAGUUGAUACUGCAUUCUUCAAUGGGAAUCAUGCUCCAUUUAUUUCAGUUGAAGCUUUUCAAAAGUUUGAUGGUGAAGAUGAUGAUGAAAUUGAUUUUGAUAAAGUUGAAUGGGAUACUAUCAUUUCCAAAGUUGAAUGUGGACCAUCUCAAAGACAUUUCUUCAUACGAGAUCAAAUCACUGAAAAGAAUUAUACUCAUGUAAGAUUAAGAAUGUAUCCUGAUGGAGGAAUUGCUCGUUUUAGAUUAUAUGGGUCAGUUAUUCCAAUUCAUGAUUUAUCUUCUAAAGAUGCAAUUUUAGAUCUUGCAUCAGUCAAUAAUGGUGGAGUAGCUAUUAAAGUUAGUGAUCAACAUUUUGGAUCUGCUGAUAAUUUAUUAUUACCCGGUAGAGGACAUGAUAUGUCAGAUGGUUGGGAAACCACCAGAUCAAGAACUCCCCGUCAUGUAGAUUGGGUUAUUAUUAGAUUAGGAGCUUUAACUAAGAUUAAAUCGAUUAUGGUUGAUACAGCUCAUUUCAGAGGUAAUUAUCCACAAAAGGUUAAUAUUAAAGCUAUUAAAGUUGAAAAAGAAUCAGAAUUACCUCAAUUUAAUGAUCCAUCAGGAUGGACUACUUUAGUACCUGAUUCCAAAACCAAAGCUGAUUUUGAACAUGAAUUUGAAAUUAACGAUGAUAGUAAGGUUUAUUCUCAUGUGUUAUUAACUAUUAUUCCAGAUGGUGGUGUUAAAAGAGUUAGAGUAUUUGGUAGUAUUGCUUAG